AUGGCAAGUGAGAUCAGCAUCACCAUCAGAGCGCCAGGCGACACAAAGUUGCCCAUCACCAUCGAUGCAGGAGCGACAGUACUCCAGCUCAAGCAGAAAAUAGCAGACGAGCUCGUCAAAAUAGAUGCGAGCAAGCCAUGUCCGCCUGAGCAACAGCGACUCAUCUACUCUGGCAAGAUCAUGAAGGACGAAGAGAGCAUCCAGACGUACAAAGUAGCGAGCGGCAAUACUGUUCAUCUGGUCAAGAGCCAGCCCAAAGCAGCCCCUCCUCCUGCUGCUGCUCAAGUACCCGAGAUGCAAGCCGGUCAACAAGUGGCAGGCAACCCACUGGCACCCCUCAUGAAUGCUACACAUCCCGGUCUAGGAGGCUUCAAUCCUUUUAGCUCGAUGGGCAUCAACCAAAACGACCCCAACAUGCUUCAGAACAUGAUGCAAUCACCCGAGAUGCAGAACCAGCUCAACGCGAUGCUAUCGCGGCCCGAAGUCGUCGAUCAGCUCAUCGAGUCCUCGCCAGAACUGAGGCAACUCGGUCCACAGGCACGUCAGAUCAUGCAGUCACCCAUGUUCAGGCAGAUGAUGACUUCACCCGACGCUAUCCGCGCUUCGAUGGAGAUGAUGCGAAACGGCGGACCCUCAGCUGCUGGCCCUGGCAUGUUCGGAGGCGCUGCUGCUCCAAACACUGGCGCUCCACCUGCUGCGGGAUCAACAGGGCUCGCAGCUCCGCCCUCUGCACAGCAAUUACAGGACAUGAUGAGGAUGAUGGCAGGUGGUGCCGGUGCGGAGGGAGGCGCAGCAGCUGGGGCCGCGAAUCCCUUUGCCGCGCUCGGCGCGAAUCCUUUUGCAGGCAUGGGCGCUUUCGGGUCUGGCGCACCUGCCGCCCCCACUGACACGCGCCCUCCCGAGGAACGCUUCGAGGGACAACUGCGCCAGCUUUCCGAGAUGGGCUUCCACGACGCCCAGCGCAACAUCCGCGCACUGAUGGCAACAGGCGGCAACGUCCAGGCUGCGAUCGAAUACCUGUUCUCGGCACUGUAG